UUCGGUGCGUGAACCUGGCGAGUGAGGAUGCGUUUUGCGCGAAGCGCCAAAAGUUAAAUAAAUUUAGUCUAAAAGCCAAUAUAAAACAACAAACGCGACGCAUGCAAAAUAAAACAAAGUAUUAUUACAAAAAAGUGGAAUAUUAAAUAGAAUAUUAACUUAAUUGACAAAGCACACAUUCAAAUUGAAAGAUCGUAAAUUAUUUAAUUCGUGUUUUUUGUGUUAAGAAAAAUUCAACAACGAAAGCGCACUCAAUUUACAGCAAUCGGGAAAAUAUUUGUAGUGUUGUAAAGCAAAAGAGAAAAACGCAUAAAGCUCGAAAAACGCGGCUGCAAUUUAUAAAAGCAAUGAGAAAAUCUCUGUACACCACAAUUUCUUAAAAAGCAAAUGUAGGAAAAAAAAAUAUAUAUAUAUAUGUUUAGCAGUACUUUACAUAUAUUACAUAUAUAUACAUAUAUUUAUUUAUAUGUGUGUAGUAGUACAAUAUUUGUGAGCGCCAAAAAGCCGAAGAGCAGAAUCCAACUUCGACGCCGACGCCGACGUUGAAGCCAACGACGCGCAGCCAUAUAAAUCGUCUCUCGUCGCGAGCAUUUCGAAAGUACACGUCCACCUCUCGUCCUGAAUCCUGCUCAACGUUCUCGUAGUAAAAACGUCGUAGCGUGUGUGUUUUGUCGGCAAAUCUGUUGACGUUAACCUCGCCGUCGCCGUCGACUAAGCUGCGCUUCGCUGCACAUAGAAGGGAGGAUCCCGUCUGCCCCGCAAGGCGUUGUUCCCGUUACAAGCAAUUUUUGUUUUUGGUCAACGAACGCAAUUCGCACUAGAGCUUUGAAAUUGCGAAUUUGGCGCGCUGAGAAACAGCAGCAGCAAGUGUAAGUAUUGCAGCGAAGCAGACAUAUCUACCGUAUCAAUAAUUGUCAAAUAAAACAACAAUUAAUUGCAAAAUGUUAAACAAUCGACAGAAAUGCAAUAAAAUAUUUUGGCAACUGUCAAAAGUGGCUCAAACUUUUCUCUUGCAAACAAAUAAAGUAAAAGAAAUAAAUUAAAUAAAAUGCAAACAAUUACAUGGUACUCGUAUAUAAUUAAAUACUUAUAAAUAAGUUGAAAAACCAAAAUUGAAAUUCAUUAAAUUGAUAAAAAUUAAUCGCGUUUAUCAACCGAAUAGUGUCAAUAAAUUAAAACGAAACGAAUUGGAAAUUUGUUUGGCAAACUGAAUUGUGGCUUACACACAAACACAAAAGCACGAAUAAAUAAAUAAAAACAAAAGGAAAAAAAAACGCAAAUCAAAUAAUAAAACUGCAAAUGUGCGAGUAAAUCGAAAAUAGUUUAUUGAGUGUCGGUUGCGGAGCCGCAGAUUUUAUCGAAACCGAAUCAAAUCGCAACGAAUUGUCGAACGCAGCCACAAAAUGGAGGGCAAACAUUUGAGUUGCUUUGUGGCCCUUUUGCUGGGCGUGUUAAUAUUCAAAAUGCACAUAUUCCCAGCUGUCGGUGAUCAGGAUGAGGACAUACCACACAAUGAAGUGCGCAACUGGGCCCUGAAAUUUGGCGUUGAUUUAUGGGAAUUCGGUCGACAAUUUACCAAAAUGAACGAAAUCAAAAGUCGCUUUAAGGACAAUGACAUCGAAGUGAAGCGCAAGGAUGGCAUCAUUCUGCUGCGUGAAUUAGCGGCGGAGGUUAAGAACUUUAUGGAUUUCAAGCGUAACGCAGUCAUGCGUUUGAUGGACUCGGCGGAGCAGGCGGCCCUCUCCGAGCUGGAGGGUCAGAGCAGCUCGGAGGCUGGGGCAUUGGGGGGACAGCAGCAUUACGAUGCAAGACGCAUCAAUGAGUAUAAUGCCGAUGGCAAAUUGGCGGACGGAGCACGUCACAUGGAUAUACGAUUCAUGCGGCGCUUCGAGCGUCUGCCGGUGAAUCUCAGUCUAAGCUCGAUUCUGGUGCCGCACGGCGUCGAUUUGGAUGAGACGGACGUGAAAUCGGCAUUGCAGUGGAGCGCCCACUUGGAUCCACUCUUCCAGAACAACUUGGAGCGAGAUCCGGCAUUGUCCUGGCAAUAUUUUGGCUCAUCAUCCGGUUUCCUGCGUCGCUUCCCGGGUACCGCCUGGCCCCCCGAGGGCUCCAAGGGCAGCAAGCUAAUCCAUGACUUUCGCACACACAAUUGGUUCGUGCAGGCGGCCUCCUCGCCAAAGGAUAUUAUGAUUCUCCUCGAUGCCUCCUCGAGCAUGUCGGAGAAGUCCUUUGAUCUGGCCAUGGCUGUAGCCUUCAAUAUACUCGACACACUCGGCGAGGAUGACUAUGUGAAUCUAAUUACCUUCUCAGAGGUGGUCAAGACUCCUGUGCCUUGUUUCAAGGAUCGCAUGGUACGAGCCACGCCCGAUAAUGUCCAGGAAAUUAAGUCCGCUGUCAAGGCAGUUAAACUGCAGGAUACGGCCAACUUUACGGCGGGACUGGAGUACGCAUUCAGUCUCUUACAUAAGUACAAUCAAUCCGGAGCUGGCAGUCAGUGUAAUCAGGCCAUAAUGCUGAUAACGGAAAGCACUUCGGAGUCGCACAAGGAUAUCAUCAAGCAGUAUAAUUGGCCACACAUGCCCGUAAGGAUCUUCACGUAUCUGAUAGGCAGUGAUUCGGGCAGUCGGAGUAAUCUCCAUGAGAUGGCCUGCUCCAACAAGGGAUUCUUUGUGCAGAUUAAUGACUUUGAGGAGGCACGCCGGAAGGUCAUUGAUUAUGCUCUGGUUAUGGCAAGGCCAAUGAUCAUGUAUCAGGCGGAUCAUCCGGUGCACUGGAGUCCCGUUUUUGUCGCUGGCAAAUCGGGUGGCUUGGGACGCGAUUCGGAGUAUCAACGACGUUUGGUUACGACAGUUUCAACUCCGGUCUUCGAUAGACGAAAUCAUUCGGUGCGCGUGGCGAAUCUGUUGGGAGUCGUUGGCACCGAUGUGCCCAUCGAGGAGAUACGCAAAAUGAUACCACAGCACAAGCUGGGACCGAAUGGAUAUUCGUUUAUCGUCGAUAACAAUGGGCGUGUGCUGUACCAUCCGGAUCUGCGACCUCUAAGCGAUGGCAAUCAGUACAUCGAUCAACUGCGACCGAAAUACGCCUCAGUCGACAUAACGGAGUUGGAACUGCCGGAAACGGAAGUGGGAAAUGACCAUGAAGUAGUCGACAUGAACAAGAAUCUACUUAAUGAGAUGCGCAGUGACAUGAUUCGUCCCAAGGAGGGAGAAACAGAGUUCACUGUGCUGAAUCAUUAUGACGAAUCGAAGCGAGUUUCAACUCGCACCCAUCGCUACUUUUACGGUCCCAUCGAGGACACGCCCUUCACGCUGGCUAUUGUGCUUCCGGAGAAGUACGGCAGCCAUGAGUUGGUCUCCCAACAGGAGAUUCGUCAUUCGCGUAGUAAUGUUACCGAAUACUUCAAGGGGGACAACUGGCGCGUACAUCCCGAUUGGGUUUACUGUGAGUACAAUAGCGUCAGUGACUUGGAGAAGGAGCGUGAGAGCUCAGGAGAAUACACUUCGCGCGAUCAAGAGCCCAGCUUUGGGUCGCCAGAGGAGCAGGUUCUGCACUUUCUGGCACGCGCUGGACGUCCCGGCUGGAAAUGGAUGUCGGUGCGACCUAAGUCGCCGCAGCCGCAUCACAAUUUGCAUGGCACCUCGUCAAGUGCCACCCACUUUGGGGCACAGCAUCUGAAUGUUCAGGGUUCUCGCAAGGCCGAGCCCUAUUAUUGCGAUCGAACCCUCAUUCAGAGCUUGGUGCGGGAUGCAAUGGUUACCGAUGGUCUGGACCGAAAUACAACUGGCACCUCAAAUGGCAAAGAAGAUAAGCAUCCAAUCGCCACAUUGAUGGCCAUUUUGAAGAGGCAAGGCUAUCAGAAAUUUGUAGUGGCCACUUCUUUUGUUGCUACACGUUCUGGCCUUCUACGCUGGAUUGAUCAUAUAAAAAGACCAGAGGAUACGCCUGAACCCCACUUCAGCGAGGACAAUGUGCGCGCCAUGGACACCUCAUGGUACAAACGUGCCGUGGAUCAGCAUUCUGUGGAGCCGGAUAGUUUCGUGUAUAGCGUACCCUUCGGCUCCGGCUAUGCCAUCAAAUCGAAUGCCACUUUGGUGACGGCAUCUCAUGCCAUUUUCGUGGAACAUCGUGGACACAAAGCGUCAGCUGGCGUUGUUGGUCUUCAGUUUCAACAUGAUUCGCUGGCCAAGCAUUUUAUUAAUAUUACAUCAACUUGCACUGGCAUGACCGGCUGUAAGAGAACCUGUGCCUCCGAUAAUCUCGAUUGUUAUGUGCUGGAUAACAGCGGAUUUGUGAUCAUCUCUGAGGAAAUGGAGCAUACGGGCAAAUUCUUUGGCCAAAUUGAUGGCACCAUUAUGGACUCUUUGGUACAGGAUCGCAUUUACAAGCGAGUUACGGUCAAUGACUAUCAGGGCGUUUGCUCCGACUCCGAUAAUCCCUAUACGGCAGCGGGGGGUAUAUUGAAACCACAUCGCAUUGGCAGCUGGUUCUUCCAGCAUUUGGUGGCACUAAGCGCCACCUGGUUGUCAUUUAUGCCUGCCUCACUGCGCGCCUGGCCACAAGACGAUUACGAGACAUAUGACAACGGGGAUGUGGUCUUUGUAGAGAACAACUAUUCGGAGGAGUACGAGGAGACCUUCGAGCAUGACUACAACAUGCAAGUGGAUCAGGAAUUGGAUGAAUUCUUUACCACAGCCGAUGUGGAAUACACGACGCCACCACCCAAGCAGCACAAACCGCACAGUGGUCCCAGAUUAACUCCAGAUCCGCAGAAUGCGCGACGUUGUGAUCUGCGCACCGAUCUCUAUAAGCUGCAACCGGAGCGCCUUAAUCAAGGCGGACAGAACAAUCCACUUAAGGGAAAAUUAACCAAUUGUCAUGUUUCGGGAUGUGAACGUCCAUUUAGUGUGCAGAAGAUUCCGCAUAGUAAUCUCAUAUUGCUGGUGGUGGACACGUUGUGUCCAUGUGGUUCCAAGCAGUUAGACAUUGAGCCCAUGGAGGAGACAGGUAUUGUCGGAGCCUGUAGCACGCGUAGACAGAGUCAGGAGCAAGAGUCCCGUCGUCGGCCCAAGAAAUGCAUUAACUACCAUCCUGAAGAGAUUGAGAUACAGCAGUGUGGGCGUGGCAGCACCUUGUUGAGAAUGUCGGCAUCGGUUAUAGCGGCGCAUCUCCUUAUGGUCACCGUGACCUUUGUCUUGGCCAACGCGUGAUACGAGCACUAAAUGCACAACUGGUAAUGGUAAAA